AUGUUUAACCAGAUCGACGUGUACUUCAAUCAAAAACUCGUAUCACCCCCAAACAACGCCUACGCGUACCGCGCGUACAUCGAAGCAUUAUUAAAUUAUUCUUCACUGGCAAAAACUUCCCAUCUGAUUUCCUGUCUAUGGGACACGGACGAACCCGGUUAUAUGGACGCGCUAUUAGAAUCGGACAACACCAAUCAAGCUCUCGUGAGACGUGCCCGAUACAUCCAAGGAAAACGUUCGGUAGAUCUAAUAGGUCAUCUUCAUUGCGACGUCUUUAAUCAGGAUAAAUUUUUAAUUAACGGAGUGGAGAUUAGAAUGAGACUCGUUCGCUCGAGAAAUGCGUUUUGCCUCAUGGAAAGCAACUCAAUGUCGAAAAUACGCAUUCUACAUGCUAGUUUACUCACAAGAAGAACAAAAAUAAGCCCCGCAGUGUUACUCGAACAUGCGAGAAUGCUGAGUAAAACAAUCGCCAAGUAUCCUCUGACGCGAGUCGAAGUUAAUACAUUCACGAUUCACGCCGGAAUGGUAGGAGAAUCGAUUGAUAACGCGAUACUCGGGCAACUUCCGAAACGAGUAAUAGUCGGAUUCGUCGAUAACAAAGCGUUUAACGGCGACAGAAAGUUAAAUCCAUUUAAUUUCAAAAAUUAUGGCAUAAAUUUCUUCUCGCUAUAUGCCGAUGGCGUGCAAAUUCCGAGUAGACCGCUGCAACCGAAUUUCUCAAAAGACCAUCCGCUCUAUGUUGAGGCUUAUAACACCCUCUUCUCAGGAACAGGCAUCCAUUUUCUAAACAAGGGGAAUUCUAUAAGCAGAGAAGAUUAUGCCAAAGGUUUCACGCUUUUCGCUUUCGAUCUCACUCCCGAUGUAUCGGCAAAUUGCGCUGGACAUUGGAAUCUU